CGCGACCGAAGUGACUCCAGUUCGGGCAGCAUGUCUGAGAUGCGGCACUCAGCGGACACCCAAGCCCAGCGGCACCCUGACACCUUCAAGGGUGAGCCCCGCGCCCCGGAUAGCCCCGCUGCAGGCCUUGGGAUUUGUGGUUGGAUUUUGGUGUUUGUCUCAUUCUUGUUCACACUUGUCACUCUGCCACUAUCAAUAUGGAUGUGCAUAAAGAUUGUAAAAGAAUAUGAAAGAGCCAUCAUCUUUAGACUGGGUCGCAUUUUACAAGGAGGAGCCAAAGGACCUGGUUUGUUUUUUGUUCUGCCGUGCACUGACAGCUUCAUCAAAGUGGACAUGAGAACCGUUUCAUUCGAUAUUCCUCCCCAGGAGAUACUCACUAAGGAUUCGGUGACAGUGAGUGUGGACGGUGUGGUCUAUUACCGCGUUCAGAAUGCGACCCUGGCUGUGGCCAAUAUCACCAACGCUGACUCGGCAACCCGCCUGUUGGCACAGACUACGCUGAGGAACGUCCUGGGUACCAAGAACCUGUCUCAGAUCCUCUCUGACAGAGAAGAGAUUGCACACAACAUGCAGAGCACCCUGGAUGAUGCCACUGAUGACUGGGGAAUCAAGGUGCAGCGGGUGGAAAUCAAGGACGUGAAACUACCUGUGCAGCUCCAGAGGGCUAUGGCUGCAGAAGCAGAAGCAUCCCGGGAAGCCCGAGCCAAGGUCAUUGCCGCUGAGGGAGAGAUGAAUGCGUCCAGGGCCCUGAAAGAAGCCUCCAUAGUCAUCACUGAAUCUCCUGCGGCCCUUCAGCUCCGGUACCUGCAGACACUGACCACCAUUGCCGCCGAGAAGAACUCCACGAUUAUCUUCCCUCUGCCCAUAGAUAUGUUGCAAGGCAUUAUGGGGGUAAAACAGUGAGCAUACAGGCCAGUACAGAGGUGAGCUCUUCCCUUCCCAGGAUGAAGUGGGGACCAAAUUAGCCUUUAACCCAUAAGGAGAGAGCAGGGUGCGGACCUUGACUGUUCUCCCUCCCUUUCUUUUUCCAUAUGUUGAGUGUGAUAUUCUUAGACUGUAUAGGGAUCCUAGCAACCGAUGAAGAGAGUUAGCUUGUAAAUAUUGUGUGUGUGAAAGAACUUAAAUAUUUAAAAGUUCAUAUUUUUAGAUUAUAUAAUAGGUUAAAUCCCUCUUUUUUUACUUUCAUUGAGUCCUUCUACACCCUCUCUCAGGAGCCAGGCCAAGGAAACCAGCCACUGACCCCCGUGGGUGGGCAGACACAUGGCAGAAGGCAGUGUCCGCAGGCUACAGCCAGCUUCUCCGGGCCACGUGUGCCUUACUUCCAGGGAAUCUUAAAGCAAUUUCAUAACAUCCGUUGACUUUCUAAAUCCAAACCAUGUUUCAAAGUAAUCCUCACUUGAAACCAGGCACUUUCUUGCUAGUACCUGUCAGCUCUGGAGGAAGGUCAAGAUCAGUGAAAAUGAUUACCCUAAACUUUGAAAGACUUAAAUCCACUAUUAUAGAGGUCCUUUUAAAAUAACGUGGAUUUUUUUUAAACUUCUUUGAGGCUCUUUAUAAGUCAAUGAUUCCUCUGUGGCCUGUCCUUCAAACCAGCUAAAUACCUGCCACCAAGUGCUUUUUUCUCACUUUUGCCUAUUUUCAUGUAUCAGGUCCUAAAUAGUUUUAAUUUUUUAAAUAAAUUGUUCUGAGUUCUAUAAACAGUUGUUUUUGUAGCCACUUGAUUAGCUUAAGGACUAAUACUUUUUAAAAUACAUAUCUUGCCCGGCUGGUGUGGCUUAGUG